AUGCAUGACUUCAUCGUGGCUGAAGAUUCAGAGGUCUGGGAUGUUAUCUGUGAUGGUCCUUUCAUUCCCAUGAAGACCAUUGGUGAACCAGCAAUGACAAUUCCAAAAAUAAGAAAGGAAUACAACCAUACUAAUCGCAAGUCUAUAGAUAAGAAUUUUCAAGCAAAAAAUGAUCCUCGUCUGUGGAUGAAGGAUGAUGAGUCCAUUCAGGUCAUGCACACUCGCUUCACCUCUAUCAUCAAUGAGCUUCAUUCUCUGGGAGAGAUUAUUCCAAGGAACAAACUUGUCAGGAAAAUACUCACUGUAUUACCUGGUUCCUGGGAAAGCAAAGUGAACGCUAUCACGGAGGCAAAGGAUCUGCAAAAGCUGACCAUUGAUGAACUCAUUGGCAAUCUGAAGACUUAUGAGAUGAAGAAGAAGAAGGAUCAUGAGAGAAGAGAGCCCAAAAGGGAGAAGAAUCUGGUCCUCAAGACAGACAACAACGACUCAAGUGGUGAGGAUGCUGAUAUGGCCUAUCUAACAAAAAGAUUUCAGAAGAUGGUUCAUAGAAAUGGAGAUGAGGAUGAGGAAGAUGACAAUGAUGAUGAGAAUGUGUUAACUGUGGAACUAGGAGAAAUAGAACAUGAGAGAGAUGAUCUAGUGGUUGUUGUGGCUGAUCUAAAAGAGACCAUUGAGAGUUUAAAAGGGGAAAAAGAUACCUUAACUGAGAGGAUUGCAAACAUAGAGCAUGAGAGAGAUGACUUAUUAGUAGUAGUUGUAGACCUAAAGGAAACAAUUGAGGAACUAAGAAGGGAAAGUAGGCAUGAGAACACUCAAAAGGGAAAGGAAGUUGCAAGUGAGGCACACCUUAGGCUUGAAAAUGAGCUAAAAUCAUUGAAAUCUAGUCUGUGUGUUGAACUUCAGAAAAACAGACAACUUCAGGAAGAUCUAGGCAGUGUGAAGAAUGACCUAGAAAAAUCUCUUAAGUGGACUUGCUCCUCUGAUGCAAUCACUACUAUGUUUAAGAACAAUGGGGGAAUAGGCAGCGAAUCAGAUUCCAAAGGGAAAAAACUCCCUACAACUCACAUAGGAGCAAUGAAAGGAAGCAACCAAAGAUGGUAUAUGUAUAGUGGCUGCUCGAAGCAUAUGACUGGAAGCACUAAUAAUUUCCUUUCACUCAAAGCCCUGCAAGGAGGGAGUGUGUCCUUUGGCAAUGGCAAAAAAGGAUAUAUUCUGGGAGUAGGGAGAAUUGAGAAGUCUCUCACUCACUCAAUCGAGAAUGUGUAUUGUGUGAAUGGCUUGAAGUACAACUUACUGAGUGUUUCUCAAAUCUGCGACAAAGGCAACAAGGUGGAAUCUAUGUCAAAAAUCUACAUAGUCACAAAUCUUGUGACUGGUGAAGUGAUCCUGAUGGCAAAAAGAUACAAAAACAUCUAUGUCGCCGAUUUUGAGUCCUAG